AAAGUCUUUUGACCCGAACACCACCACUCCAGGCGGCUAACAUCGUGAAAUAAAUAUUAUAGAGUAGUCUUAUCAAACAAGGGGGGGAGCAAGGGAAGAAGAUAGAUAGAUAGAGAGAGAAAUUGUGCUUUUAGAGAGAGAAAAAUGGAGAAAAGGCUUACAGAAGCUGCACUGAAUGGAAGUGUCGAUUCACUGCUCCAACUUCUUGGAGAAGAUCCACUAAUUUUGGACAGAACCAUCGUUUCUUGCCACUCCGAAACGCCUCUACACGUGGCCUCCAUGCUCGGCCACCUCGAUUUCGUCAAGGAGAUACUGAGUCGAAAGCCCGAGCUCGCCACCGAGUUGGACUCACAAGGCUGUUCUCCACUCCACCUGGCAUCAGCAAAAGGCCACCUCAAAAUAGUCAAAGAAUUGGUAUCGGUAGAUCCAUACACGAGUACGAUUCGCAACAUAGAUGGAAGAACAGCUCUUCAUGUGGCUGCGAUUAAAGGCCGAGUCGAGGUGUUGAAUGAGUUGGUCCGAGUCAACCCUGAGUCGACUUGGGUGUUGACGGAUCGAGGCGAGACGAUUUUGCAUGUGUGUGUGAAGCACAAUCGGUUGGUGGAGUUGAAGUUGUUGAUUCAAUCGAUGAAGAAAGACUUGGAGUUGUUGAAUUGGAAAGAUUGCGAAGGCAACACCAUCUUGCAUAUUGCUGUGUCCAGGAAGCAAAUUGAGACCUUGAAGUUUUUGCUUUCUACCAAUGGAGUGGAAGUUAAUGCUUUGAAUGCAAACAGUUCUACUGCUUUAGAUAUCCUAAAACACAGUCCAAGAGAUUUGAGAGAUAUGGAAAUUGAAGAUACACUUCGAGCUGCUGGAGCUUUAAGCGUACAGGAUUUGCAUUUGAUCACGAAUGACUUGACUGCAGCAAAAGUCCCUCAGAUCACAAAACGACUGUCCUCGCAAGGGAUAUCAAAAAGACUGCCCUCGCAAGGGAUAUCAAAACGACUGUCCUCGCAAGGGAAAAGUUUGAAGGACCCAGUAUUGCAGCAUAAGCACAAGGAUUGGCUUGGUAGGAAGCGGAACUCAUUGAUGGUGGUGGCAUCACUGAUAGCAACAGUGGCCUUUCAAGCUGGACUAACCCCACCAGGAGGUGUCUGGCAAGAUGACUAUAAAGUAGACUCCAAUGGCAACCCUGUGGAGGACCCUCACUCUGCCGGCAAAUCUGUGAUGGCAGAUACCGAGCCGCGUGUGUAUGGUGUGUUCAUGAUUUUUAACACGAUCUCAUUCCUUUCAUCUCUAAGCAUAAUUCUUCUACUUGUAAGUGGGCUACCUAUAAAACGCCGGAGAUGGACAUGGAUUCAAAUGGUGACAAUGUGGAUAGCAAUCACUGCGCUGGUAAUGACUUACUUUAUGGGUCUACGACACUUGUCGCCGGACGAGAAAAAUGUCCAAAUGACACUGCGUGAGGUUACUGAGAUAUCAGUCUUGACAUGGUUAACGCUAAUGGCCGUUGUUUUCAUAGGAAAUGUUAUUCGCAUGAAUUUAUGGAUUCUCAGAAAGUAUGGGUAUAUUAAAGAAAAAGAGUCACCUUUAGAGGAAAUUGAUGAUGACCAAGAUGACGAAGAAGAAAUUUGAGAUGAAUAUAAAAGGUUGCCAGCCAUAUUCUUCUUGUUGCAGAUCCUGCUAGUCUAUAUAUGAAGGUCAGCAGGAUGGCAACCCCGCCAACCUAAAGAAGGUGCCAGAAGCUUCUAAUUUGAAGCAUAGUUAUUUAUUUUUAUUUAUUUUCCUGAAUAAUUUAAAGCAUAGUUCUACUUGCAGAAGCUUCUAAUUACAACGAAAGCCUCACCCAUGAAAUAAAAUCUUCUCUUUCUUGCCUUUUAAGUACCAAUAUCUUCUAAACUGUCAUAAUUCCUUGUUCGAAAGGACUUGAGGCUCGUGGCUUUUGAUUCACCACUUCUUUCCAUUUCUCCUUAAAUUAAUUGGAGAUACAGAGUAGUCAUAUAACCCUCUUGAAUUAAUCCCAUAUAUUUACAUGCAUACAUACAUACAUACAUACAUAUAUAUAUAUAUAUAUAUAUAUAUAUAGAACACAGAGGCCAUGUCAUACUGCUGACAUGCUAGGUGUAGUCCGGUAGAAGACAACAAUGUGCUGGUUGUUCGCGGAAAGAGAAAGCACGGGAAGGGAGAAAAAGAUGGUGCAAAUUACCUAAGAAAUGGAGCAGAGGGAGGGCAAAUUCAUGAGUAAGUGUUUGGGUUCGAGUCAAUCCUACUGAUAGACAUGACUAGGGUUCUUGUGGAGAAACUGCCUCUUCCCGAGCUGAAGAAUACAAAGACGACACUGAGGUUAAGAUGGCUUAUUAGAUACCAUUGCUGAAGAAUGAAGACGGUGAAGUUGAUAAUCUGUGAUAAUGUCAUUUCAGUGGUGUCUAUGCUUACCAUUGCCUUCUCUGUGUUACAUGAUACGGUAUGUCUUGAAAUUGUUGGGUUUGCCCACUUUGUCACAUGCUGAAUGGGUGCCCAAAAGAGCUGCGAUGCCUUUUCUAGCUCUCAAUCCAAAUCUGCCCUUAUAUUGUGCAUUAUUUGAUCACAACAUUAGUCACAUGAUUAGAUGAUAGAACGCAAGCUUGGAAAUGACAUUUAUGCGUGGAUCUUACAAUGUCAUAGCCAUUGUUCACCACAAGAUGGUUGCCGAUUUUUUAGAAGUUUAGUUUCAUUUGGGAAAAGAUAUUAUUAUGUUAAUAAUAUGUUGAAUUAAUGCAGGCAAUUUCUUUUCAUUUA